UCGAUCCACCCAUUCCAUCCUCGCGAGCAAGGCGAGCAGAUAAGAGGGACGGGACGCACCCCCCGGCGAUUGCCGAAGGCCGGAACGAACCAGCCCCCUCUUCCUCCUUCUAGAAGCUUCCGCGCCCCCUCCCCUAGCCUCCGCUCUCCAAUGGCGCCCUCCCUCCUCGCCGCCGCCGCCUCACCCUUCCUCGUCGCCGGCAGCAGUACCAGCCGCCGGCCGCUGGGCGCCGCCCCCAUCCGCCGGGCCGGGCUGCGCGUUGCCGCGCUCAAGUACGACCCUGCCAAGGUGGCGCCGCAGUCCGACCGGGUGCUCGUCCGUCUCCACCAGAUCCCUGAGAAAUCUGCUGGAGGUGUAUUGUUACCAAAGUCUGCUGUUAAGUUCGAGCGAUAUCUGAUGGGUGAGAUUCUAUCGGUCGGUGCUGAUGUUAGUGAAGUUGAGGCCGGAAAGAAGGUUCUCUUCUCAGAUAUCAAUGCUUACGAGGUGGACCUUGGUACAGAUGAGAAGCACUGUUUCUGCCGGGAAUCGGAUUUGUUAGCUGUUGUUGAGUGAAGUUUACCCUCAAAAUUUAGACUUGGGCACCAAUGCUCCAACCGCACGGGAUUGAUUUUGUGUCAACUUUGUUUUAUGCCAUUUGAAUGUUCAUGAAUUCCACAACCUGAUGAGUGUUAGUUACCAGUGAAUUUUGGCCGUCAUAACUCAUAAGCAGGAAUUAUGAUAUGCUUCUUUCUUUUAUACAGUACGCUCACAUAAAGUGGUCGGAUUCUAGAUACGAA